GCUCCAGUCAGUCUCCGCCUCCAAUGGACCACCUCGCCGCCGACGACCCCGCCUCCGCCCCCGCCCCCGCCGCGGGAGGGGACGGCAGCCUCCUCGACGUCAUCCGCGCCGUCGAGCGCGCCGAGGGCACCAUCCGCGACCAGCUGCAAGAGAACAACAGGCUCAAGGAGGAGCUCAUGAAGAAGACGCGGCUGCUGCAGAGGGUUAGCGAGGACGCUGCGUCCCAAGCCUCUUUCGGCGGAGCGAGCCAGGAGCCCCGCGAUCCCGGCGUGGCUAACAAGAUGGACGGGCCCAAGCCUUAUGACGGCGCUGCUACGGCGAAUCCGCGGGGCGCCUCUCUUCUUCAUCAGAAUGGUCCUCCCUUGGAAAGCGGCCAGGCGAAUGGAGCGUUUACAAGGGAGCCGGCUGGCAUGGAGAAUGGCGGACCGUCGCACUUCUCCACUCCGUCGUCUCGUUCCCUUUCUCCGACCAGGCCUAGAAAAGAAGCCGAUUAUGAUUCCAGACUCAACUUACCUGGACAGGGUUUAUUGCCUGUUGUUUCAGAGAUGAACUCAAACAUGUCCUGGAAGCAGGACCUUACCGUUAAGGUCAAAGAACACGAAGAAGAGAUCACACAGUUACGGAAGCAUCUGGAUAAUUACAUAAUAAAGGAAGCACAAAUACUCAAGGAAAAAUCUGUCUUGGAAAAACGCAUCGCUUAUAUGCGUGUGGCAUUUGAUCACCAGCAGCAGGACUUAGUUGAUGCAGCAUCAAAGGCUUUAGCAUAUAGACAAGAUAUUAUCGAGGAAAACAUCCGCCUGACAUAUGCAUUGCAGACUGCACAUCAAGAGAGGUCAAUGUUCAUAUCCUCUUUGCUGCCUAUUCUGUCUGAAUAUGAGAACCUACGUCCGUCUGUCCCCGAUGCUCAAUCCAUUGUUGGUAAUUUGAAGGUUUUAUUUAGGCAUCUGCAGGAGCAACUAAUGCUUACCGAGGAGAAAGUUAAGGAGUCCCAGUAUCAGAUUACCCCAUGGCAAAAUGAAUUGCCAACUAAGACCAGUCUCCCUGCACAGUCACCUAACAAUCCUCUUGGAAAAGCACCGAACAAAAGCAGCCUUGAUAUUGUGCCCCAGACGCCAUAUCCUCAAGUACAAUCUCCAAUAUCUUCCCCUUCCCCUGUUCAAGCCAGAGGUAAUUGGAAAAACCAUCAAGUAAUUCCAAGUGAGGUUUCUGCAAGAAAUAUGGAUCCAGAUUACGGAGGAAGGACCACUCUUUCAACCAGCAACCAAUUUAGGAAGGAUGUUCCUGCUCAAGCAUCUCAACGUGAUUCAGAUGCUGUCCAGUUUGAUUUUGCAACUCGGAACUCAAGCCUACCACUCGAGGGCAUUAGUAGAAGGUAUGUCUUGGAUGAUUCUGUGGGUGCUGAAGACCAUCAUGUGCCAGAACCUUCUGCUCAAUGGGGUUCUGGAGACUCACCCAAUUUAGAAUCUGGCCUUGAGGAAGCAAACCCUUCAUAUCCCUAUCUUCCUACUGUACCCGAGGAACCUGGUUCUUCUUUUUCUGAAGCCGCAGAGGAUGAUCCAUUGCCAUGCAUAGAGGGUCUUCGUAUCACGGGUGAAGCUUUUCCUGGACGAGAACUUCAAGCAAGUGGGUUCUCCACCAACGGAACCACAAGUUGUAAUUUUGAGUGGGUUCGUCAUUUAGAUGAUGGCUCCGUAAAAUUCAUAGAAGGAGCAAGGCAACCCGUCUAUUUGGUUACUGCUGAUGAUGUUGAUAAUCUACUAGCCAUUGAAGUCCAACCCCUAGACGACAGAAAAAGAAAGGGUGACAUUGUAAAGGUCUAUGCUAACGAUCAAGCAAAAAUCACUUGCGAUCCUCAAACAAAGGAACUCAUAAAGAAAACCCUUGAGGUUGGGCAUGUGUCUUAUCAAGUCCAACUGCCUCAGGUGCGAUUCUUAGACAUGUGGGAACCAGCUGUUUUGGCAAUAAAGAGGGAAGGUUACAGCAUUAAAUGUAACGGGCAGCGUGGUGUUGUUCUCACGGAGAAAUUUCAGAAAGCAACUGCUAUUAAUAUUCCAUACGGAUACGAGCGUCAGACAGAGUUUUCUAUUGUGUCAGCUGAUGGUGAGGAGUAUAAUCUCCAGCCAGCAGACAAUAACAUGUCGCGGGAUAUGAUUGUACUGGUGCUAAGACUUUUCAGAUCCAUGGCCGUCGAGAAGCGGCGAGGGAGGAAGAAGGGCCUCUUCUUCAAGUAGACGAUUGAUCCGGCUCACCGUACAUCCCGACUGUAUCUAUUUUUCUUCGAGUGUAUGUAGGGCUGUGGUGGUGAUAGAUAGAUAGCCUGACAGCCGUGGCGUGCCAUAUAUAUAUUUUCGGUCGUGUUUAUUCGCUGUAAUCGAACGCUGAAGAACCUGAUGUGCCGCCUGAUCCGGUCAUUGUAAAUGCAGCUAUAGCUCUGUAGAAAUGGAAAGAAAUUCUUGUAGAAAAAAACAUGGGAAGAAAUUAGUACUGUAA